AUGGCAUCAUUUCCGGAGACGGCUGCGCGGCGUGAUGGCUCCGCGCCGUUUAUGAAGAAAUUACUCUUUAUAUUUGUGUUUAGAUAGCGAAAGUUUAUAGUUUUAACAGUUGGAAAUUGUAUUUACAAGAAGUGAAAUCAAAAUGGGCAAACCUGAGUUUAAUGGAGGUCGUGGCGGCGGCGGUGGCGGAGGAUUCCGCGGUGGUCGUGGGGGCGGAGGCCGAGGCGGCUUCGGCGGCGGUAGAGGAGGUGGCGGCGGCCGCGGGGGCUUCGGCGGAGGCGGAGGGAAGUUCGAAAAGAGAGGAGGCGGCGGUGGUGGCCGCGGGUUCGGCGGUGGUCGCGGUGGUGGUCGUGGUCGCGGUGGCGGCGGCCGGGGUAGAGGCGGUGCGGGCGGUGGCUUCAAGGGUGGCAAACAAGUUAUUAUUGAACCUCACAGACACCCUGGAGUAUUCAUCGCUAGAGGCAAAGAAGAUGCGCUUGUCACUAAGAACUUGGUGCCUGGAUCAGAAGUGUAUGGAGAAAAGAGAAUAUCUGUUGAGACUGACGGAGAAAAGGUAGAAUACAGAGUAUGGAAUCCCUUCCGAUCGAAGUUGGCAGCGGCCAUCAUGGGCGGUGUAGAUGCUAUACAUAUGCCCCCUGGCUCCAGGGUGUUGUACCUGGGUGCUGCCAGUGGCACCACUGUCAGUCACGUUUCUGAUGUUGUUGGACCAGAAGGCCUUGUUUAUGCAGUAGAGUUCUCACACAGAUCAGGCAGGGAUCUGAUAAACGUAGCUAAGAAGAGGACUAACAUUAUUCCUAUUAUUGAAGAUGCCAGACAUCCACUUAAAUACAGAAUGCUGGUUGGUAUGGUUGACUGCAUAUUUGCUGACGUGGCACAGCCUGACCAAGCUAGGAUAGUCAGUCUAAACGCCCAGCACUUCUUGAAGAACGGCGGGCACUUCGUAAUUUCCAUUAAGGCCUCAUGUAUAGACUCAACAGCGCAACCAGAAGCGGUCUUCGCUUCCGAAGAAAAACUACAAGCUGAUAAGUUAAAACCACAAGAACAGUUGACCCUAGAGCCUUACGAAAGAGACCACGCGGUCGUCGUGGGCAUAUUCAGACCACCCGCGAAAAAAGCAUAAAUGAAUAUAGUAUAAGUUGACCAUAAGUUUUAAGUGUCUGAUUUUGAUUUGAUGGGGGUUUCACAAUUUUAAUAAAGAAAUUAACACUAGUUAAGUCUAAUGACUCAAUGUCAAUUCUGUAAAGAAACCCAGUAAGACCUCAUUCCCUCUAACUAAACACAAUUUAAAGUCUUUUAUAAGUUGAUAAAGUAUUAGAUGUAAGUUCACAUACAAAUGGAGUAUGUUAAUAGUUAAGUGUUGAAUGAAAUAUAAUGAUGGUGCGAAUGACA